CAGGUAUAUGUCACAAGGGAAACAUGCAGAAGCAAGAGAACUAAUGUAUUCAGGAGCUUUGCUGUUCUUCAGUCAUAACCAGCAAAACAGUGCUGCUGAUCUGUCCAUGCUGGUUUUGGAGUCUUUGGAGAAAUCGGAUGCAAAAGUAGCAGAUGACCUUUUAGAAAACUUGGCUAAAUUGUUUAGUUUAAUGGAUCCAAAUUCUCCCGAAAGAGUGGCUUUCGUAUCCAGAGCACUAAAAUGGUCUAGUGGGGGAUCAGGAAAACUUGGACAUCCAAAACUACACCAGUUACUAGCAAUUACUCUGUGGAAAGAGCAAAACUAUAGUGAAUCUCGGUAUCACUUCUUGCACUCUACAGAUGGCGAAGGAUGUGCAAAUAUGCUAGUAGAAUACUCCUCGUCCAGGGGAUAUCGCAGUGAGGUGGACAUGUUUGUAGCACAGGCGGUACUACAAUUUCUCUGCUUAAAAAAUAAGACCAGCGCAUCAGUUGUUUUUACGACAUACACACAGAAACAUCCUUCAAUAGAAAAGGGCCCGCCCUUUGUUCAACCACUGCUAAACUUCAUCUGGUUUCUGUUAUUGGCAGUUGAUGGAGGAAAACUAACAGUAUUUACAGUAUUGUGUGAACAGUAUCAACCUUCACUGAAAAGAGAUCCCAUGUAUAAUGAGUACCUAGAUAGAAUAGGACAGCUUUUCUUUGGUGUUCCGCCCAAGCAGACAUCGUCCUACGGAGGGUUACUAGGAAAUCUUUUAAACAGCCUGAUGGGAACUGGAGAAGAUGAUGACACAGAAGAUGGUCAGGAAGAUAGCAGUCCUAUUGAGCUCGACUGAAUGUUGUUGUCAUUGGGUGCCGUGUAAAUCUGAUGAUUCGAUGACUCCAAAGACAGUUUUGGAAUUUGAAUCCUGCAGUUGUUUCUUGGCACCUAAAAGGGCUCCUCCGGUCUUUUAGAAAUGGUUGCUGAAAUGUUUAUAAUGUUUGGUCUAUAUUAUUUAUGUAAAAAAAAGAAAGAAACCAACAAAAAGUAGCCAAAUGAACCAAGCGGAGCAAUUGUUCGCAGGUUUCCGAUACAGCGGCUGGUGACUUUGAUUAAAAUAUAGUCUUCUACGGUUUCUGAUGCAGUAUUCCCUUUUGCGCAGUAAUUCAGUAAAGCAUAAAUAUGGGUCUUGUACUUCACGGCCUACCCACUACCAUCUUUGUUAUGAGAAAGCCUCCUUGACCUCUGCCACCUCCAAGGAAGAUCUCGAAAGGCAGGGUGAUCAAUUGAAUAAUUUAUUUGCGAGGCUGGUGCCAAAAGUACUGCGAGAUGAGCCAAGAGGCAUAAUUUGAGAUGCACAUCCAAG